AAAUUUAAAAUUUCAGCGGUUCGCCUCCACUCCUGUUGUUGUGAAGUUAUUUUUCGUUUUUUUCUUUGUGGUUGCAGCAGAUACAGCUAGCAGCUAUUGCUAGCCAAUACUUUCGCAAAGUAACCGUUUUUAACCCAGGAUUAUUUGAAAGUAUCCGCAAUGUCUUUUCCUAGAGCUCCACUUAAACGAUUUAAUGAGUCCGUUGGUUGCGCUCCUCCGCCCGGCGCAUACGAAGUGAAAGCCAGCGAUGUAAAAGGUGCUGCCUCCUUCCACAAAGCUGAGCGUUUCAAGCCGCAGAAAGCAACAACUGGUCAACCCUCAGCUGCAAAAGAUGUCCCAGCUUCGCCUGUACGCCGGACAAUGUCUGUGGACGGCCUGGUGGAGCCGUCCAGCUUGAAAAAGGACAAAACCGCAGUUUCAAUGCAGCAGAAGCAGCAGAGGUUACUGGAGAAAGAGAUCCGGGCCCUGCUGCAGCAGCGGGCCGAGCAGGACCGCAGGGUCCAGGCCCUGCUGGAGGAGCAGCAGAGGCUGGAGGGGAGGCUGCUAUCGGCCGUGCGCGAGAAGACCGGCCUCUCCGCCGGCGUGGCCUCCCUGGAGAGAGAGCUGGGAGACCUGCGCAAGGCCAACGAGCUCCUCAAGACCAAGUUUUCCACGGAUGUUUCAAAGAAGAGGAUGAACUCCCUGUCCCUGGAGCUGAUCGAGGCCAAGAAUAAACUGGACUCAAAAGACAAGGAGCUGAGUUUUCUGCGCAUCAGUACGGAGGGGCAGGUGAAGGUGCUGCAGACGGACCUGCAGGCCCAGAGGAGCACAGUGCAGGCCCUGAGGGAGAGGAACCAGGACCUGGAGGACCUUCACCAGGAAAUGAAGACGCAGAAUGAAGAGCUGGAGUCUGAAGUGGACAAACUGCACGUGGUGAUCCACAGCCUGAGGGAAGAGAUCAAGGUGCUGCAGGGAUACUUGGACACGGCCAACGACCAGAUCCAGGACCUGCGCUUGAAACUGCGGGAGAAGGAGCAGAUGGACGUCCGUGUGUCUGAGUCUGCAGUUCAGCAAGGGGAGCUGCAGAAACAGCUUGAGCAGUGUACCCUGCAACUGCAGGAUUCCCAGAAUGCACUGGGGCAGAAGGAGCAGGAGCUGCUGGAAUCCCAGAAUGCCCUGGGGCAGAAGGAGCAGGAGCUGCUGGAAUCCCAGAAUGCCCUGGGGCAGAAGGAGCAGGAGCUGCUGGAAUCCCAGAAUGCACUGGGGCAGAAGGAGCAGGAGCUGCUGGAAUCCCAGAAUGCCCUGGGGCAGAAGGAGCAGGUGCUGCUGGAAUCCCAGAAUGCACUGGGGCAGAAGGUGGAGAACCUAGAGCAGUGUACCCAGGAUCUCCGGCAGUCCCAGAAUGCACUGGUGGAAAUGGAAAAGCAGCUGGAGCGGAGCACUGAAGACCUCCAGAAAUCCCAAGGUGCCCUGGGGCAGCAGGAGCAGGAGAUGGGCAGGCUGCGGGAGGUGCUGAGGAGGACAGAGGAGGAGCUGGACCAGCGAGUGGCUUUGCUCGGGGAGCGGUGUCUGCUCCUGGAGGAGGAGAGAGGGCGGACCCAGGAGGAGGGGUUAAAGCGGGUACAGGAGCUGCAGGCGGAGGUGAGCUCUCUGGAGGAGAGGAGGAGGGGGCAGCAGGAGAAAUACGAGCAGCUGCAGCAGGAGUGCACUCAGCAGGCCGAGCUCCUCACGCAGGAGAGGGAGCGGUCGAGCUCUCUGGCCUCCCUCCUGCAGCAGGUAAAGUGUGAGGGAGAGGCGGAGCUUAAGCAGCUGAGGGCGGGCAUGGAGGCGGAGCGUGAGCAGCUGGAGGCGGAGCUAGAGGAGGUGCUAGACGAGCUCUCUGCGAUGGAGGCGCAGGAGCAGCGGGGAGAGGAGGAGCUGAGAGACCUGCAGGCCCUCCUGCACAGCAAGCAGACAGAGAUGCAGAGCGGGGAGCAGCGCCACCUGCAGGCCGUGGGGAGAUUACAGGAGGAGCACUGCACCUCCCUCAGGAAGAUCGGAGAGCUCUGCACAGAGCUGGAGAGCACUAAAAACACUUUGGGGGCGGAGCUUGACCGGGCGGAGUCACACAGAAGGGAGCUGGAGGAGGAGCUGAGGAAGAUGAAGGAGCAGCAGGAGGAAGAGCAGCGCCGGUGGAGCGAUGUCCAGCAGUCCCAGGACAAGGCCAACGAGGAGUUUGCCAGGCGGCUGCUGGAGCUGCAGACCCGGCUGGCUCAGGAGGAGGUGGGGCGGCGGGGCGCAGAGCAGGAGGUGCGGCGGCUGCAGGAGGAGGCGCAGAGGAGCACAGAGCAGGAGGCGCAGGCUGCAGAGACCAGGCUGCUGGCCCAGGUGGAGCAGCUCGAGCAGGAGGUGCUGGAGCUCCAGAGGCGCAUGGCGGAGGACCGAGGGGAGGCGCAGAGGAGGCUUGAGGAGGUGUUGCAGAAAAGCAUUCCUGUGGCGGAUGAGAUGGCGGUCUGGAGACAGCGUUAUGAGGAACUCUACGCCAAGGUCAAACCCUUCCAGGAACAGUUGGACGGCUUCGCGGCGGAGCGGAACGCCCUGCUGAACGAGAAUGGCGCCACGCAGGAGGAGCUGAACCGAUUGGCUGACGCGUACGCCCGUCUCCUAGGACACCAGAACCAGAAGCAGAAGAUCAAACACGUGGUGAAACUGAAGGAGGAGAACUUCAGCCUCAAACAGGACGCGAUGAAGCUCAGGGCCCAGGUGGGGAAGCUGAAGAAAGAUCUGGAUCAGCUGAGCUCAGUCCAAGCCCCCCGCAGAUUUGACCCCAGCAAGGCCUUCCAGCCCGACAGCAAGGAGAACCAGCAGCCAGCUACCCCUCUGAGACAAGGGAAUCUGAACGUGGUCUGAGGCCCCCUCUUGCAGAUGUUUUAUUCUGGAUGUGGGUCUGUCCUGUUACACCUGCUUACCUCUUAAUCCCAGGUGUGAUCCUGUGUCCCCCUCCUCUGGAGGCCUCCGUGCCCGAACCAUUUUAUCAUUUUAAUUCCGUCUCACUGCUGAGAUUUUCUUUGUGACAUUAGGUUACCCCCCUUUUCUCUGUCCAUGUGCUGUAUAAACCUCAGUCUUGGCCCCAUUUCCUGUAAAUAUUUCCUGUAAGCAUGCCCUGUGCUGUCCUGAAUGAAAGGCUUUCUGUGAAGUUUUUAUAAAGUUUUAAGAGCACACUGCGCUGUAUAUAACCAGGGCCGUGGUCAUUUGUACAUUUUUAUUCUUGUGAAAGACUAACAUUUACCGCAGUUAAUGGUACUAAAUUUAACAAUAAAAUACUACAUUUAGUGGCAA